AUGGGGAAUUCACAAUCAAGACGCUGGCAGGAACAGAAUCUUCCCCCCCACCUGGUGAACAAUCCAGAAGUCAUUGCCUUCCUCGCAAUUACCCUCCGCGACGACGGCAGCAGCGCGAAUUCGGCAGAGCCCGUUCCUGUCUGCGGUAUUCCUUUCAAGGAACUGUCUUCCAGCUGGCUGCAAGCAGCGAGCCAGAUCCAAAAAACAUUCCUCCGCGACGCCCCUCCUACCUAUGUCCUCUAUCAGAACAAGCGCAUCACCCCGCAUCAUUGGACAGUAAAAAAGCCAAAAAUGGCUGGGAAUGUUGCCUUUGCCUACUUCGACGAGCGUACGCCCUACCAGUCGCUCGACACUAGAGUCCUUGUCAACGCGGCGUUUGAGGUCAAUGUCACUAUUAUUUCAAGCCCGUUUCCCGGCGUUACCUUUCCUCCUCUCCAACUGCAGAUCCUACCCGCCUCCACUCUAGAGGCAUUACGUGCACUACUUGGAAGAUGGAUCGAACUGGAGGUCAAGGAGGCGUUGCAGAAGGAUCUUAGGUUGAAUGAACAGACGCUGGCUUUGCAUAUGGUGCAGAAGCGACCGACGCAUCUUCCUAUGGGAAGGAAAAGAGCUGAAUCGUCUCCGGCGAGAGGUAUGCGGGUUGAGGGAGUGACCUAUGAGAUGCUGGCACAGUCUUCCAUGGCUCAGAAUGGGAUGGGGAGAGUUAGUAUUGAUGCAAGGCGUGCCAGGGCGGAGCCAGUUAUGCUGCCGGAAACUGGCAAAGUUGGAGAAUGGACUGGCUGGUCCCUGUGCGUCUGCGUAUUCGAGAUUGGGGUGAACUGGAUUGAAGAUGGUAUCUAA